UCUCUACCAAGAUCAUAAAAACCAUUAUUAAGUUGGAAAGAAACACUAUGGCUCUUUCAUUAUGAGUUGUGAUUAAUGUACUGUUUCAUUUUCUGCUACUUUCUCAUCAACUUGUUAAUUCUAUGCAGCCUUCUUGCCAUGAUGAGGAGAGAAAUGCUUUGAUACAAUUCAACAAAAGCUUUAAAUUAGAUUGUCGGAGUAGACAAGACCCCUUUUUGACUGUAGUUGUCCAUCCAAAGACAUCGUCUUGGGGAUCGAAUAAUGGUACCAACUGCUGCUCGUGGGAUGGUGUUGACUGUGAUGUGGAGACUGGUCAUGUCAUUGGUCUUUACCUCAAUAGUUCAUGUCUCUACGGCUCUUUCCACUCCAACAACACUAUCUUUCACCUUGUUCAUCUUCAGGAGCUUGAUCUUAGCUAUAAUAACUUCACUUUCUCUCCAAUUCCCACUGCCAUGGGCUUUUUUCCGGAGUUGAAAUUUCUUCGCUUGCGUUCUUCUUUCUUCCAAGAAUUUAUCUGGCUGGGAGAUUUCCUAAAUCAAAGGAGUUUGCAAAUUCAUUACAAAGAUCUCAGAGAAUGCUGGGCUUGGACGAUUUCUUUUCCUAUAAAUACCUUGCCAAGGCCUUUGGAAAUUUCACCUCUUCCAUUUGGAAAUUUGUAAACAUUAUGUUACUUUGAAGAGUGUUUUCUUUGUAGAGAUUAAGUUUGUUCACCUUAAUCUUUGUGAGAGUGUUGAGUGUAUUUAUGGAAUCUAUCAAGUCCUUUGUAAACAGGUUGUAGAGUCCAAGAACUUUACUUAGCUAAUUAUUUAGUAGUAUUAUAGUAUGUAUAGUAUU